CUCGCGCAGGCGCCACGUCACGCCGCCAGGAAGCGACGCCUCUCCUACCUUUCAGAAGCUGAGGCGGCGUCAAGAUGGCGGAGCUGUACGUCAAGCCAGGGAACCGGGAGCGCGGCUGGAACGACCCCCCGCAGUUCUCGUACGGGCUGCAGCAGCGCCAGGGGCCGCGGGGCGGGGCGGCCAGGCGGGGGGCCCUCUCACGACGCCCCGCCGAAGCGCCCCCGGAGGCCGAGCGGGCAGCGACGGAGAGGGCGGCGGGGACGGCGGCGAAGACGACGACACCGCCAGCAGGCCCUCCUCCUCCUCCUCCUCCUCCCCCAGGACCAGGUGGUCUGCCAGCGUCCCCACCAUGUCCUGUGGGCCUGCCUCCUCCUCCUUCAGGGCUGCCAGGCCCUUCUCUGAGGGCGGAUGCCACAAAUCUACUUAUCUCAGAGGCUGAAGAAGACUGUGCAAUGGAAGAUGUUAUUUCCCCUUUGAAUGAGGCUCUGGAUAACUGCAGGAAGACUCUGCGGAAACAGGUUUGUGAUGACAUUGGCAAGCGCUUGGUAAUUUUGCAGCAGAUGUGGGAACAAGGCAAACUCUCAGCUCCUGUGAGAAAGGGAAUGAGGAUUUUAAUACACGAAUUCAAGAAUCAACAUUGGGAUGCUGCUGAUGAGAUCCAUCGCUCGCUAAUGGUGGACCAUGUCACUGAAGUAAACCAGUGGAUGGUGGGAGUCAAAAGGCUCAUUGCAGAAUCAAGGAACUUGCCAACAGAGGAUCUAGCCACAGUAGAACAUGAGCAGAAAGUUAAAACCUCUUUGGAGCCAGAAUGUCAACAUGAUUGAGCUGAGCUCAUGGUCUUAGUAUUAUAAGACUGAACCUCAAUUCGGAGACACCUUUGCUCCCUAAUAAUGGAUGAUGACAUCUGGCCCUCAACAGGCAUGUUGCUUUUUCGGCUAAGCACUGGUUUUUCUACUUAGGCUGAAUUGAGCAAAGCUGCAUGAAGGAGAAUCUUUCAAGUAAAUUCUGCAGUUUUCAGAAGUCCGUAGUGGCAGAGGUUAAAACGGACAGCCUUAACUUGUAUUUGCUCAUGCAAAAUGAAAAUGGACUGGGGAUACAGUUGCAACAGAGCUGUUCCUUAAUACAGUAGUACAUAGACCCUUGUGUAGCACACUGGCAAAUGGCUGAGAAAAAAAAAUUGGCACAUUCCACUACCGCAAACGUCUAUCCUAGAUCUCACCACUCCAAGUAAAUACGCGUUGUUUCUGGUGAUCCUUAUAAAUCUGGAAUUCUUUAUUCAAACUUGUGUGACUUUUCUGGGAAAUGUGCACUAUAUGAAAUAUAACUGUCGAUUUCCAGAUAAUUGCACCUUGGUGUGUGUUAUUGAUGUCUCUUGAACCUUUAAACUCUGUCUCCCCAUUUAAUCAAUUCUGAGUUAAUUUUUACCAAAGUGACUAUGGACACAUCUACACUGGUCAUUUAAUGAAGUUUAAAGGCAGGUUAAGAGUGCAUUGUUGACGUAAUGUGAGGUACACUACAAGCACACUUUGUGAAUAUGCGCUUGUAGUGUACCUUAAGCUCUUUAAAAUGGGAGAUGUAAAGUUGGAGAAUACUUACUUUGAAAAGAAGACAUUAAAUGACUCCACAGAACGUGAAUCACUGUGCAGACACCUAAAGUGCUCCGCUGAUUUGCACAUGUUCCUUCCAGAAACAGAAUGGGACAUUCUCCACGGUGACUGGUUUAAGGCCAGCCUCUGUGAUGUGUGUAAGCAUCAUCCAGCCCAUGAACUGCAGUGUAAUCAUUCACACAGCAAAAGCACAUCCUUUUAUGCUAGUUUCAUCCAAUAUUAAAUUGUCAGUGUAAAGUGUCCUGUUUAGAGAAAUCUGUUUCCAUCUUGUUUUGCAAUAUUAAAAUAAGAUAUUUGGGGAAACCCGUUUUUAUUCCACCCCCCACUUUCAACCAGUCAUGUCUGAUACCUUUGUGAGAACAGGUGAAUUUUAGUAAUGACUGAAGUGUGUCUGCCAUUCAAGAAUAAAAGAAUUGUACUGUGUAAA